AACAGAUACAACCCAACACCAACGACGGCCCGGCGGCGCCGCGAGCGACGUUCAUGGAGAGAGGUAGAGCACGCUCGUGCCCCUGUCAGUUAAGGCCUGCGUCGCGUUCAGUAUCACCGGUGGCAGAGUUUGGUCGAGUACUGCACCAUGGUGUUCGAUGCGCUGGAGAGGGCCACCGUUAUGAUCCUCGAUGAGCGGAACGUGAAGGAGUGAGUGAGCCACAGCGUGGACAAGAUACAGAAAGCUAUCCUUCGUGACGCGCUGUUGCCGACGGAUCACAUCGUGCAAGAAGUCAUGCAUGUCGCCUUCGACAACUCGUAGUCUUCGCUCCGCUCUUGCCACUGGAAAGCACGGUGCAUUUUAGGCGUCGAGCCAAGCAAGCCCAUCUAUGAUUUUGGGUCAAUGCCGACAUUCGCGUCAUGGAGUUUGAUUGGCAGGGCGGCAUCAAAGUGCGAGAAACUCCUGGGGGUGCCGCGAAAUUUGGUCCGAACGAUUGGUCGCAUCCAACCUGCAAAGGCGUGGUAAAUGCUCUGUUGCAAGCGCAGAUCCAAGCAGUGCGUGCUGGCCUCCUUGCAUGAUGGCCGCCACGAAGAAGAAGAGAUCCUUUGUUGCGCUGGUGUCGCAAUUUGCAAACCUCAAGCGGGCUUUCCCGCGGCAUUCGUGUAUGCGCAAGCAGUUUUAUCCGGACGAUAUCCGAAAUUGUUUUCGUCGUUUGCGAUCCAAAACUGGACCAACGAUGGGCGCAAACAAGCUGGCAGGGCUGGUGGCCAAGAUCAACCAGAGCGGUCUGCCGACGUCGGUUCGCGAGGGCGCGCUAACGCUAGCAUUUAACAGCCAGGUCAAGAUGGCGGGUCUGGCUGGUAUCCACAUUGAGUCGUUGAGCGAAAGCCAAAGCGUGUUGACGUUGAAGAACAGGUUCCGCGUGCAGAAUCACAUUGGGAGCGUCCACGCAUGCGGCAUGGCCCUCCUGGCCGAGUCCGCGUCGGGUGUUGUGUUUGGCAUGAAUGUCAAGGACACGCACCUGCCACUGCUCAAGUCCAUGUCGAUCAACUACGUGAAGCGCGCGCAGGGCGAUCUCCGAGCCGUCGCGACGUUGACACCGACCCAGCGCGAAGCACUUGAACGUGACGACAAAGGAAACGUCGUUGUCGAUGUGGUGCUCACAGAUGCCAAAGGAGAGCGGCCCGUUGAGGUCCAGAUGACGUGGGCAUGGACGCCGAAGCGACCGAAGGCCCCCUAGAUGCCGAGCCAGAAAACAACUUCGUGCUUUGGCUCCUAUUCCGUGAUAAUACCGAUUUCACGGAUCACGUGACUGUUCGCCUCGCAUCUAUCCAAGCCAUCAAAUAUCGCCUUUGCCAACCCACCAUCCUUU